GGAGUAAGGACCAUGAUGUUUCUUCACUGGUGAAAAGAGGCGAUUUGGACAAUGGGAAAGGCAGUAUGGGUGUAAAUGUCGAGGGCAAAAAAUUAAGGAAGAAGAGUUUAAAGUCGAACGAAGAGAUAAACCGAAAAAGGGAUUUCUAUGAUAUGAUGCCGUUUAGAGAGGCUGACGAUUUUUCGCAAGGAGGAACUGAUUCAAAUCACAACACCCUGUUCAAACGUACUACAACGGUUGAAUCGUCUUCCACCUGCGGAGCUCAAUGCAUAGUUCUCUUAGUGAUUUGUUCGGUCUCGGUCCUUUCGCUCGCCUUUGGGAUCUCGUAUUUCGUUCUCCGUAGAAAUUCGAAAAGUAAGAUCAAUCCUAAUUCUAAAGGUAAUAAACCAAUCGACGGUGGGUCUCCCGAUAACCAUCCAUUAAUAUUACCCGAUACUGUCCCAGAAUCAUGGAGCAUUGACAUUCCUAACGAGAUCAUUAGGGAAAAUUUUGCAUUUGCCGAAAAAUUCACAACGGAAAAUCCACCUCAAGAAGAACUUCCACCGUUCGAUAUCAUACCUAGCAUCCAAGAAUUAGGAGGUGCCAAAGCAUGGGAAUGGCUUCCUGUUGAAUCUUCGGUGACCGAGCCAACAAUCUCUAUUAGCAAUGAAGGAAAA